CAUGAAUGUAUCAACACGAGAGGGAGUUUUUACUGCGUUUGCAAUCCUGGUUAUGUGCUGACAGGCGAUACAGAAUGUAUAGAUAUUGACGAAUGUUCUGAUGGUACAAGUGGGUGUCAGCAGAAGUGCUCAAAUACAUUUGGAAGUUUUACAUGCUCUUGUGAAGAAGGGUUCACCACAAGUUUGGAUGAUGCUAAAUUGUGUGAAAUUGUACAAGGCAGCUUACAACCAUGUACUGACAUUGGUUUGAAUUGCGAGUAUGGCUGUAGGUCUUCCAUUAGUACCCCUGAAUGUUUCUGCCAGCGUGGCUUCACAUUCGAAAACCAAGAACGCUGUAUAGGUAU